AUGCGUCCCCAGCCAGCGUGCGUUCAGCUGCUGCUCGCGGUGGCGCUCCGCGAGGACAUGGAGACGUGUCCACCGGGACCCGGGCAGCUGCGCCCUCGGGGGGGGGCACAGGGGAGGGAGGGUCCGCUCCUUGCAGCUGCCAACCCUGCAAGCCUCAUCCCCGUUGCAAGGAGGGCAGCCGUGCCCGAGGCAGCUGCUUCAAACCCUGGAGGCGAGGUGGAUGCCCACGUGUCCAGGAGCGCGGCCUCCGCACACACGAGGGCGCUGUCGCGCAGCUGCACCCAGUCGCAGGGCUGCUCUCUAUUAUCGCGACGAUUCUUAAAGACGGAACGGCGAAAGAGCAAGAGUCACGUAUACACGCGCCCCGCCCCAAACAAGCGCCUUACAAAAGGCGGCAAAAAGGGAGCCAAGAAGAAAGUGGUUGAUCCAUUUUCUAAGAAAGAUUGGUAUGAUGUGAAAGCACCGGCCAUGUUCAAUAUAAGGAACAUUGGAAAGACGCUCGUCACGAGGACUCAAGGAACCAGUGAAAAUGCAUCUGAUGGCCUCAAGGGUCGUGUGUUUGAAGUGAGUCUUGCUGAUCUGCAGAAUGAUGAAGUUGCAUUUAGAAAAUUCAAGCUAAUUACUGAGGAUGUUCAGGGCAAAAACUGCCUGACUAACUUCCAUGAUGAUCUUACUCGUGACAAAAUUUCCAUGGUCAAAAAAUGGCAGACCAUGAUUGAAGCUCAUGUUGAUGUUAAGACUACCGAUGGGUAUUUGCUUCGUCUGUUCUGUGUUGGUUUUACUAAAAAACGCAAUAACCAAAUACGCAAGACUUCUUAUGCUCAGCACCAGCAGGUCCGCCAAAUUCGGAAGAAGAUGAUGGAAAUCAUGACCCGAGAGGUGCAGACAAAUGACCUGAAGGAAGUGGUUAAUAAAUUGAUUCCAGACAGCAUUGGGAAAGACAUAGAAAAGGCUUGCCAGUCUAUUUAUCCACUUCAUGAUGUCUUCGUCAGAAAAGUAAAAAUGCUCAAGAAGCCCAAGUUUGAAUUGGGAAAACUCAUGGAGCUUCAUGGUGAAGGUAGUAGUUCUGGAAAAGCUACAGGUGACGAGACAGGUGCUAAAGUCGAACGAGCUGAUGGCUAUGAACCACCAGUCCAAGAAUCUGUCUAAAAGUUCAGAUUUUUAAUAGUGGCAAAUAAAACAUCCUAUUUGUGAA